GACGCAGACCGCAGGCCUCGUGCUGGUUGGUUAAACCCUGCUGCCUGUUACCCGGAUGUAGCAGUAGGGAAACUACGUCAUUGUUCACCGCCGGACGCUCUAUGGAUAUUAUAAUGGACGAACACAACUAGAUAAUUAUUAAUAAAAAUCACAGAAUGAACGAUGACUAUAGUUGACAAAGCUUCAGAGAAAUCUGACUUUGAGUCAGCGCAGUGCAAGCGCUCCAGCUCCCUGACUCUUGUCUCCUCUGGAGGCGUGGACGACGGUAGUUCCAGCUGGAGUGUUGACUCUUCUACGGCUGAGCUUUCCAGGACCAUGGCUACCUGCGUGGCUCCCAGCCUCGAAGUUGCUGUGUAUGGAGGCACCACAGCACUUCCAGCUGAGAGGCCAAAUGAGCAAGUGGCCAUGAGUUGCAGUGAUGGCAUCACUCUGCCCCAAAAGAUCCUGUUUCCAUCAGAACGUCUCAGCUUGAAAUGGACCCAAGUCCAUCGUAUUGGAGCAGGUCUCCAGAACCUGGGCAACACAUGUUUUCUGAAUUCAGCUCUUCAGUGUCUCUCAUACACUGCGCCGCUUGCCAACUACAUGCUGUCCAGAGAGCAUUCCAAAACAUGUCAUGAGCCCGGAUUUUGCAUGCUGUGUACCAUGCAGAAUCACAUCAUCCAGGUGUUUGCUAAUUCGGGGAAUGCCAUCAAGCCCCUUGGUGUGUUGCAUGAACUAAAACGGAUUGCAAAGCAUUUCCGUUGUGGGAAUCAGGAGGAUGCCCAUGAGUUCUUGCGGUACACAGUGGACGCUAUGCAAAAGUCCUGCCUGCCUACCAAUAAAUUGGACAGGCAAACGCAGUCUACUACUCUGAUCCAUCAGAUAUUUGGAGGAUAUCUGAGGUCCAGAGUGAAGUGUAUGAACUGCAAAGCAGUAUCAGACACAUUUGAUCCUUAUUUGGAUAUUGCACUGGAAAUCAAGAAUGCCUCAACUAUUACCAAGGCUCUUGAGCAGUUUGUUAAGGCUGAACAGCUGGAUUGGGAGAACGCCUACAAGUGCAGCACUUGUAAGGAAAUGGUUCAAGCCUCAAAAAGAUUAAGCAUUCACCGCAACUCCAAUGUGCUCACCAUCUCUCUGAAGCGCUUUGCCAACUUCAAUGGAGGCAAAAUCUCCAAGGAUGUGAAAUACUCGGAGUAUCUCGACUUGAGGCCCUACAUGUCCCAGUCUCACGGAGAGCCGCAGAUUUACGGGCUGUAUGCUGUGCUGGUGCAUUCAGGCUUCAGCUGCUAUGCCGGACACUACUACUGCUACGUAAAGGCAAGUAAUGGCCAGUGGUAUCAGAUGAAUGAUUCAUCAGUGACUCCCACUGAUAUACGAUCUGUGCUGAACCAGCAAGCGUACCUGCUGUUCUACAUCAAGCAAGGGUCUACAGAUCUGAAAAAUGGAGAUUUUAACCAGGGUUUUACUCCAGGCCACUCAUCUCCCCGGCCAGUUGUAACAGCUAAGCUAAAUGGGCAUUCUUAUACCUCCUCAACCAUAAUCGGUCCACAGCUCCCUCCUCAUAUGUCAAAGAAUAACUCGUAUGUCAAUGGCAACGGCUCCUCAAAAGAGUACAACAGUGGCUCAAAGCCCAGCAGCAGUGACAUCAGCAGCGUGAGCAAAGCCACCUCCAAUGUGUCUUACUCUUCCACCUCAUCUUCCGCUUCUCAUCAGACUGUCCAGCCCACAGCCAUCCCUGAACCUCAGAAGAGGCUCAAGAUGAGCUUUAUUGUCAGGGGUGGAAAGGUGGUACGGUGCAACCGGACCCCAUCAACCCCAUCCAGCAGUUCUUCAUCAUCAGCCAGCUAUUCUCACCCACAGUCUUCAUCCUCUACCUCAAAAUUCCAGCGCUCCAAGCAGGUUAAUGGCACAUCCUCGUAUCGCAGUGCAACUUUCCUGGUCCCCUAUGAUGAGGAAUCAUCUGAGGAGUCUGACCAGGAAAGCAGAGUCUUGGACAACGGUACUGCUAAGCCUUCUGCCGUUGCCAAGGCAGCCAGUGGGAACGGUGGCAUGCACAGCCCCCUCUCUCAUAGUUCAAGCUCGCACUUGCCUGAGACAAACGGAUCUAACAGCUUCUCCGAUUCUCACGUGGGCACAAAUGGGUCAGGACAUGGUCCCCUGAAUGGCCAUCACAAAGUCAAUGGCUUCAAACAUUCUGACAAGGCAUCAGACAGUCCAGCCUCUGAAUCUUCCAUAAGUGACACUAACAGUUUAGACUCCCAGAGUGUGUCAAGCUCUAAGUCAGAGGGCCUGCUCUCCCCAUCAGACUCCACGGAAAGAGCUAAACCACUCACUGACCCUCUCACUCAGCAUGUCUCACACCCUGCACCCACACCAGGCACAGACACCCAGGUGCUGGCUAAGCCAGUAGAAGUGACGCCUAGCACACAGGCCACUUUAAUAGAGGCAUCAAGUCAAAUGAAGGCCACAACAGAGUCCACUCUAAGCAAUCACAGUCUCACCCAUCAGGCGAGUGAUGAACUUACAUCACCAAACACAAUGGAGACAGAGACUGUCAAGGACGCAAUUAGCAAGGAGGAUGUAGAAAUGUGUCAGUCAGGCAAACCCAGCUCUCGUGAAGGAAAAAGACUGUCCGAGCACCAAGAACAUGAUAGAGAUUCAAACCAGCCACAUGUUUCUACUGCCACAAAGGACCGGGACAGAGACAAAGAGUGUCAUCGAAACUACAGAGAGCUCAAGGACAGGAGCAGAGAACGUCAUGGACAUGGCCAUCGGCCAGAGAGAGAGUAUUAUCCACAUAGGGAGCGCUCCCGCAGUCGUCAUAGAGAUAAAGAGGCAGCUCGGUCCUGGGACAAAUAUUCCUACCACCGCCGAGACCGCCCCUACAAAAGAGCCAGAGAGGAGUGGUCACGGGACUGGGAGCGGGACAGGAGAUACCAGACUUCACACUGCUCUUCAAGCCACUAUUACAGAGAACCAGGCUGGCGUCGUGCACGCGAAGACAGUCGUGAUAGGUUGCACUACAAUGGAGAGCAGAGCAGCAAUAGAGCAAAGCCCUCGUCUCCACGUUCCAGUAGUUCAUUGCCCCGGCACGGGACCACAAAAUGCAGCUUGUCAGGUGAAGACAGCACAUCUGAAGAGUGCAGGGCUAAGAAAGUAAAAAAAUCAAAGAAGAAAAAUAAAGACAGGCACCGGAGUUCAGAAAGGGAUGUGUCUGACAAGAACCAGGACAGCAGCUCCUGCCGACACAAAAAAAAGAAAAAGAAGAAGAGGAGGCAUGAGUCGGAGGACAGAUCUCACAGAGAGAGGCAGUCCACCCUCACUUUAGACAAGCAUGAUUGGAAAGGCAGGAAUGGCGAGGAGAGGAGGAACCGUAAGUGCCACCGCAGCUCUGACCAAGAUGGUUCUCCUCACCGCAGCAAGCUUUCCUGCACGGAGGAUCAUCGCCAGCUCAAUGGUCACUCAGGUAAUGGCGUUAACCAUUACAAAGGAUAUGUCCAAGGAUUCUAUCAUAAAGAACUGGGUGCACAGAUCAAAUAUGGAGACCUGAAGCAUACUUCCUCUAACAACAGCGGGAAGAUAUUGCUAUGCGCAGGAGACACUGGAGAGACAGGCCCUGUGCCAUGCAGAUGAAAAGGUGAAUUCUAGAGACCUGCCUCAGACCUAGGAUCUCUGAGGAUAAUGGAAAACUCUACACUUUCUAAAUAUUGUAAAGGUGCUUUAUUCAAUGAAGACAUACUGUAUUUUUUUGCAACAAAAAUGCUUUAAAUUUUUUUUAGGGUUAAGGAUUUUUUUACCAUGCUGUACAGCUGAACUUUAAAGAAAUUCGAUGAAAAAUGUAAAAAACAACAAAAAAAAAAAACACAAAUUAAUAUAUACACUUAAACCGGAAGAAGAAGCCUGGAGCUUUAACAUCAAAAUUGCUGCUCAGACAUAGACUCAGGACUUUCUCACUUGUGAAGACAACACACAUUCUCCCUUUAAGGACACGUACCUGGGAAUGAUGAAAAAAAGUGAACUAAAAUGCUGCAUAAAAGUGAAAAGACUGUCUCCCGGCUGCGAGCUAUGAUGUCACCAUUUCCACCAUUCUGUUAAAAAUCUCAACGGAACUGAUUUUAGUGCUUUGUGUGCACUUACAACCACAGUUAACCUGGACACACUUGACAUUUUCUGCCUACUUUCCCCAUUUUUGUAAUUUCUUUUUAAAACCCACGAUCGUCAAUCUCCGGGAUCCAUCUAACGGCAUUAUUCCGACUUUUCCCAAUUUUCUUCACAUAGGAAAAAUUGUACAUUGCAUUAUAUCACGUAUGGAUGUGGAUUAUU